CAAUCAUGGCAGCCAGAAAGAUGGCUGCGUCCACAGUAGUGCAGCGGAACCUCCCCUACCUUCGACAACAGUUUUCAGCAGCAUUACAGACAUGCAGCGUCGUCGUACGAGUCCUCAGUCUUGCUCUUUUCCUCUGCUACUUUCUGUCCUACAGCCCAGUGGCGUCAAGAGCAGUCUGCGUUACUCCUGGCUACAUCAUCCCUCCCGCUUUUAGGAUUUGGACAUUAUUUACGCACGCGUUUUUUGAAAACCGAAUAUGGAUGGUGAUCGCUGACAUCAUCACGGUGGGACUAUGCGGAAAAUUGAUCGAACCUCUCUGGGGAGCCAUCGAGAUGCUUACGUUCUUUGCCAUCGUGAACACGAGCGUCGCUUUCCUGUCAGUCAUCUACUACAUAAUCCUUUUCUCCAUGACGUGGGAUCCACUCUACUUGUUUUCGGUGGAGAUCCAUGGUCUGGCUGGUUAUUGUGCUGGAGUCAUGGUUGCUGUCAAGCAGCUUAUGCCUGAUCAUGUCCUGUUGUCGCUACCCAUAGGGAAGUUGAGGAACAGGAAUGUGCCCUUAACUGUGCUGCUGUUCACCAUCGUUCUGUGGGCUUGCCGCAUUCUUCGCGGUACAUAUCCCGUCAUGUUCACGUUCGGCGUGCUCUCAUCUUGGAUUUACCUCCGUUUCUAUCAGUACCACAACAAUGGCACUAGAGGGGACAUGGCAGACCACUUUACAUUUGCCAGCUUCUUUCCCAAUGUGCUUCAGCCUCCCAUUGCUCUAGUGGGCAACAUCACCUACAACUUCUUGGUGAAGGUCCGACUGUGCCGCAAGCCUCCGAGGAAGUACAACAUGGCCAGUAGUAGUACCUCUUCAACAGUUGCUAUCAACCUUCCUGGAAUUGAUCCUCAGGAUGCAGAAAGACGAAGGCAAAUAGCUCUCAGAGCUCUGAGUGAGCGUCUCACAAAGGUGGAACAGCAGGCGACAUGGCCACUGUUAGCCGACGAAGAGCUGCCAUCGUCGUUACAAACAGCUCCAAAUCCUCCGCUACCUGUGACACCACAGAAAGGAGCACCUCAGGUGGCCAUUCCAAUCCAGUCCCUCAUGAGUCCAGUCCUUGCUGCAUCCGGUGAUGCGCCAUCCUCAGAUAAACGGGCCAUCCUUGAGACGUAGUAAACCGCAUCGUGGAAAAAAAAAAACUGCUUCAGCAACUCCAUAGACAGUGCGCUUGUGCAGGAAACAUUUUCUGUGCCCAAAGUCAGUGUGACGAUGGCUGGUUUCUGUGGAAGGACAACUCUGGACCAACACCUCAGUGAUAGUGUGGCAAGUGGAGUGAUUAUAUUUCUUUCGUUCGUUUUUCUUUUUUUUACGCAUGACACGAGGUGGUACACGUCAUUUUAUUGAUUGGGAAAGGGGUAGCGCUAUUUAUACUUUAUCCACGAAAGAGUAAAAUAAAAUAAUUAACACGAUGUUAUCCACAGAGAAUGUGACUCAACACAAGCUCGGAUAGCCUGUUUGGUCUUGUGUAUGUACAAAUCCCGUCUAGUCCGAGAUUGUAUUGAGUCAUUCCUCCUACAUGUGUGCCUCGGGGUUUCCACAUUUGAACAGAGGUGAGCUCAGCCAGCUUCUUUCAUUUAUAUGUGUGCAUUUACGCCGAUCCUUUGCUUGAGGUCUCCCACGCAUAGCACUAGUUGCCAUGUGUGGAGGCAGCAUGUCUCAAGAGGCAGAAGUUGGAAUGGGCAUUGCCAAAUGGACACAGUGCCAUUUUGGUAGUGCAGCCAUGUGCUCUUGUGCAUUUGUGAGCUCCAGCAAAUUAUUUGGAGAGGAAUAAUUCUGUUGUACAGUGUUACUGCACUGUUUUGUUUGAUCCAAUAAAGUUGGAACCUCUGGUUGACAAAACA